ACUGAAGGACACGGUAAAGCGCAGGAGAUAAGCGGCUUUAAUUGGCUAAUUUGGCCCCAUUGGCCUUUCGCAGUCUGCAGCCACCCUCACCGGAGCUGAGAGCCGCCGCAGCCCGAUACACUCUCCGCUGUCUGACCGCACACACACUGCAGCUCCAAUAUACUCUUCUCUGGGAGCUUCUCACUGAGGACACAUGGAUUAUCUCUGCAGCCGUUUGGUGGUCUGAGCAUCUUAAUUCGCUUGUGAUCCAAAGUCAGACACAUAAUGCUCUUUUUCAAGAAAACAGACGGGACUUUCUGACAAUCCUUUUGAUUACUAUGUGCAGACGUUUUUACUGUAUGUUUCACUUUGUAAAUAAGACCCAACUCCACCUGUUUCUAUUCUGUUUUACGCGGAGUGUUUAUGCGUAAAGUGCGCACCGGAGCGCUCUGGAUCAGCAGGCUGAAGUCCGGUGUAAGUCCCCGUGACACCACGAUGAGACAACUGUGCGGGGACCAGUGUCCAGCGCGGCAUUCAUGAGAGCCGGGGGGCCGGGGUGCUGUGGCUCGGACCGGGACGGAGCGGAGGAGCCGGGCCAGAGAUGGAGGCCAAUCUGAGUGUGGCGGUGGAGGCGGAGGCGGACGCGGCGGCCCCGGGGGCUGCCACGGCGUCGGGAUACAACGUGCCGGCCCUGUUGUUCGGGGUGCUGCUGAUCGUGGUGAUCAUCUGCGGGAACCUGCUGGUGUGUCUCAGCGUGUUCACGGAGAAGGCGCUGAAGACCACCACCAACUACUUCAUCGUCAGUCUGGCCGUGGCGGAUCUGAUGCUGGCUGUACUGGUGCUGCCGCUCUUCGUCUUCUCAGAGUUUCAGGACGGCGUGUGGACCCUCGGCACCACCACCUGCGAUGGUCUAAUGACCAUGGACGUGAUGCUGUGCACCGCCUCCAUCUUCAACCUCUGCGCCAUCAGCGUCGACAGGUUCAUCGCCGUUUCAAUCCCUCUCAACUACAACAGGAAGCACGUGGACAUGCGGCAGACGGUGCUGCUGUCGGCCACCUGGAUCCUGGCCCUUGCCGUGGCCUCACCUGUCAUUUUCGGCAUCAACAACGUGCCUGGUCGCGACUCCAGUGAAUGUAAACUAGAAAAUGACGACUAUGUCCUCUACUCGUCUGUGUGCUCCUUCUUCAUCCCCUGUCCAAUCAUGGUGCUGCUGUACUUCGGCAUGUUUCGUGGCCUGCGGCGCUGGGAGGAAGCGCGUAAGGCCAAGCUGAAGAACAGCAUCCAGGCCUGUCGCAAGCUGCAGGAGGCCGCUACCUCGCUGCCGCCACUGGCCUCAUUGCCACCGCCGCUGCCACCCAUCAUAGAGCGGGAACUGACCGAUACUCCAGAUGAACCAUCCACCUUCCCGUCAGCAGAACAGCCUUUCCACUUGUCAGAGUACAAAGAUGGCCCUGUGCCGACGGUCAGCUUCGCAGAUAUCAGGUUCAAUCCUGACCCUCAAAAGAAAAAGAGGGCCAAGAUCAACAGCCGGGAGAGGAAAGCCAUGAAGGUGCUUCCUGUCGUUGUGGGUGCCUUCCUGUUCUGCUGGACUCCCUUCUUUGUCCUCCACACGAUGCGAGCUCGCUGUCAAGACUGCUACGUCCCACCAGGCCUGAUGAGCGUGGUGACGUGGCUUGGCUACGUCAACAGCGCUCUCAACCCGGUCAUUUACACCAUCUUCAACACAGAGUUCAGGAACUUCUUCAAAAAGUUUCUGCACCGCUGCUGCUCCUAGAACUGAACCACUGCUGCUGCUGCAUGGAAUAUUUUUGAAUGCACAGCUGCUGCGAGAGACACUACUGACAGAUGGUUUAGUGUGUAUAGUCUGUGUAUGUCGCCAUUGUUUCCUUCCUCUGUGAGGUUUUUAUUUUUAUACAUGUGAUGACAGCAAAGUUUGUUUGAGCUUUAUGUAUCCUGAGAAGAAGCUUUAGUCUGAGGAACAAACUGUUCAGAGGAUCAGAAACACAUCUUCAUAACCAACCAUAACUGAUUUUAUAUGGGGAAAUUCAUCUUUUCAAAAUAAAAGUAUACACAAAAAUGCAGGUUGUGUGAUGGUAAUGCACUGAUCGUGUGGUCAGUAAUGCAUAAACAAACUGUCUUAUUAUACCACUGGAGCCGUUUUCAGACAUUAACUCUGGUAAAUGUACACAAAACUGGGGCGGACAUAUUCCAGAAUUUGCCUUCAAUAUUGACAGCAGGAGAGUUGUUGGUUCGGACGUGUUCACAACAACAGGACAUUUUCCGGAACUUUCAGGCGAGGAGUGAGCAUGCAGGAGGCAGGACAUGACAUAAAUUCGACUGCUUUUACAGCCAAAAGGUCUCGAAUCUCGUUGUCUUUCUGACUUGACAUCUUCAGCAGCAUCUAUUAUGUUUAUGGCUCCUCUUUUUCAUCCUUAAAUAUUUUGUGUGCAACAAGUUACAAACGUCAUCGAUGCACCCAUUUACUCGCUGUGAAUAUUCAGGACAGUUUCCUGUCUUUGUGUUCACUCGUAAAUUUGCUUGACAUUUCACCAGGGGGCUGGCAGGAACAUUUUUGGGGUCACAACUGGCUCGGACAUUUACAUUCUCACAUAGGCCCCUUCCUGAAAUUUCAGGAAAAUGUGCAGUUCAUGUGUGAAGGCAGUAGACCUCCCCCUCUUAAAGGCUACUGAGGGGAACUAGACAAAAGAAAGAUGUGACCCUGAAUGAACUUAAUCAUGUCCACAGUGAUUGGCGGUUGACAGCUGUUGAGGCCUGUGUCAAAGAACGUGUCAUAAAAUGUUAAUCAACACAGGAGAAUGUGGGGAAUAAAUUGAAUUAGAUAAAAUGAGAUGAGAUAGAUAGAAUUCAUCAAGAGAUCAUAGAUAUUUUAUAAACUGCCACAUAUUUUAUUCAUUAAAAAAAGUAAAAUAUUACAAAUCAGA